GCGGCGCUGCGCAUCUCGAGCUGAUGAGUUUCAGCUGCGGCUCUUUUCGGCUCUGUUCGGCUCUCGAGCAGGUGAAUCGGAGCCCGCGUUGACCCCUGACAUGACCGCGCGCUGUUCCUCUUCACGCGCGCUUUAACCCGCACUCCCCGCGCGCACAGCCCCGUCCCGCGCCUCCACAAACUCCACCUGAAACUCCUCCGUCCGCGCGCAGUCAUGGCGUCCGCCACCUCCACGCCCCUGGCCCCCGGGACCCGCAGCGGCCGCAGCGCGCGCUCCUCCGGCCGCGUCCCGACCCCGUCCUCCUCCACCUCCUCCUCCACCAGCCCCACGCGCCUGUCCCGGCUCCAGGAGAAGGACGCACUGCGCAGCCUCAAUGACCGCCUCGCCAACUACAUCCAGCGCGUGCAGGAGCUGGAGUCUGAGCGCGCGGCGCUGCUCGUGCGUCUGGAGCAGAACGAAGAGUCAAAGAGCCGCGAGAUGAGCCACGUGCGCCGCAUGUACGAGGAGGAGCUGGCGGACGUGAGGAGCAGCCUGGACGGAGUAGCCACGGAGAGGGCCCGGCUCCAGAUAGAGUGUGGAGGUCUGACCGAGGAGAACAAGAAACUGCACUCCAGGCAGCAGAAGAGCGAGGCGGAUCUGACCAGCGCCGUGUCCCAGUGGAGGCGAGCGGAGGCGGCGCUGACGUCCAGAGACGCCGAGGUGUCGAAGCUGCGGUCGGACAAACAGCGACUGGAGGAGCAGACGAGCGACCUGCAGGACCAGCUCCGAAAUGUGGAGGGAGAACUCGCCAACACCAAGAACCUUCUGAGCGACGAGAUGGUCCAACGCAUCGACGCACAAAACCAGCUCCAGACGGCCAAGGAGCAGCUGGCCUUUGAGAAGAACCUGAGCGAACAGGAGACUCAGGAGAUCCGGAGCCGUAGCGAGAGCCGGCUCCUGGAGGUGGAGACGGCUCGACGCACAGAGUUUGAGUCUAAACUCGCCGACGCCAUGACACAACUGAGACACGACCACGAGGCCCAGCUCCUGCAGUACAGGGAGGAGCUGGACAAGACCUUCACCUCCAAGUUGCAGAACGCUCAGCAGACGGUGAAGGACAAGACCAACUCCAUCUCUGCCACGAAAGAUGAACUCGAAAACGCCAAACUCAGACUGGAGACGCUCAGCUCACAGCUCCAGAGCUACCACAACGAGAAAAUGUCCCUGGAGAGCCGUGUGCAGGAGCUGGAGCGGACCCUGGACCGGGAGCGUCAGGUGUGGCAGGAGCGGCUCAGUGCUAAAGAGCAGGAGAUGUUGGGCCUGAGGAGUCAGAUGUUCUCUCAGCUGGAGGACUACGAGAAGCUCCUGGACACCAAGCUGGCUCUGGACAUGGAGAUCAACGCCUACAGGAAGAUGCUGGAGGUCGAGGAGCAGAGGCUGCAGCUGUCCCCGAGCCCGUCCCAGCGCACCGCCGUGUCCCGCACCCAGGAGGAGCGGCAGCGUCUGCGGGGGAGGAAGAGGAAACACGAGGGUCCUACAGGCAGCUCCCCGGCCUCCAAAAUGUCCUCCUGCUCCUCCGAGAGCGGCUCAGUGAGUGUGAGUGAGGUGGACGCCAAGGGCAGGUUCAUCCGACUCAAAAACAACUCCAGCAUCGAGCAGUGUCUGGGCGGCUGGGUGGUGCGGAGGCUUUAUCCAGACUCGGGGGAGAUCUCCUUCGACAUCCCGUCUCCGUGUGUCCUGACGGGGGGACAGACGCUCACGAUCUGGGCGGCUGGGUCUGAGGAGGAGGCGGAGUCUCGUGACCUGGUGCUGGAGAGUCACGCGACCUGGGGCCCGGCGACGGACGUCAGGAUCAUCCUCCUCAACCCCAACUACGAGGAGGUGUCCGAGCGCAGGACCAGGAUCCAGACGGACCCGGACUUGGACUUUGAGGAGUUCAUGGUUCACAGUGAAAUGCAGCAGUUCAGGCGACAGCCGAAGAAAAAGAAGAGGAAAUGUUGCUCUGUGUGUUGAGCAGCUGGAGGAUCACUGUAAGGACGCCAGCUGCGCCGUCAUGUGACCGCCCUCGCCCCCUGACCGCCCUCGCCCCCUGACCUCAUCUCUGCUUCUCUCGGACUUCACCCUCGAGCUCCAGACAUGUCCUGUACAUGAGCCGCCACAGAAAUGCCUUGAACCGCAGCAGAUCUCAU